AAUUGGCUUUUACGUCGGUGUGUACUUCGGAAGUAGUGAGUUUCGUGCUUGAUAUACCGACUCCGCUUCAGUGUUUCGUUAGAAUGGAAGAAAACAAGGCCAAGCAAGAUCCGUUUGCUGAGUAUAUGUGGAUGGAGAACAUGGAUGACUUUGAUCGCCAAGUAGAGGAACAGCUUCUUGAAGAAGAGUUCAUCCGCACAUGUAUUGAACAACUACUCGAAGAAGAGGAUGAACGCGAAACGCUCACCGCCGCAGAAAUAAUGGCCCAACAACAGCUCCAGAACCUUCAGGUCAAGAAUGCAGGGCAACAGGGGACGUCCCAAGGCUUAUUUCGAAACGGUUUUCAAAGUAACAGGGCAUACUCGAAUGGCUAUACGAACGGCUUCAGCAGUUACGACCACAACGUUGUGGUAAGUUCUGGAAUAGCAUCUGUGUUUGAAUGCUUCAUUGUUGUUUUCAUCGUAAUUGGGGAUGCAUGCUUAGGGUUUGUGCAUGUUAUCGACGGGUAGAAAGAAAAAAUUAACCCUUUCUACCAGAAAAAGUCUCUUUUCUCGGAAUAUUGAGCUUAAAUCUGGAACAUCUAGUGUACGUGAAAAUGACACGGGUUAACCUUACUGUACGUGCAUUUGUUUUUAUUUUUCUUCUUCAUCAUACGGCAGAGUGAAACAUGAAAAUCUCUUAUUUGUACUUAACUACUUUCAGUCUUGUUUUUCUCUUUUCUCACUAUACAGCGAGUUUACGUUCAUGAUUUUGUUUUCCUUUGCAUUUACGUUGUCUGCUGUAUUGCGAGUGUUAUAGAGAGCCAAAUGUUGUCGUCACUCCUUUGUUAUCUGCCAAGCACAGUGAAUUGCUUUGUUUCCACCUUGCAUUUUGAAUCGCCAGUUCCUUUAGAUGGUUGAAAGUCCUGUUUAGUCGGUGUAUGCAAUGUUUUCGACCUUUAAGAUUGCUCAAAUGUUUGCGAUGCUAUCAUAUAACUUUAAUAUAAUCUCAAUGUUCAAGUUGAGUUACAUGUAAAGGUGUUGCAAGGCAAAUAAAAAACUGUAUUUGCUUUUGCGUACAUGCAAGUCUUAAUAAAUUAUUAUUAUGUUAAAGAGAAUUAAGGAAGAUAAUUUCCGAUUUAAUUCAAUUCUCAGCUGUACAUGUAUGUCUUGUCAAAUGCAUCUUUCGGUAGGUUUGUUGUUUUGAGAAAAGAUGUUGUUACGUGUAGGCUGUAUUUGGACAGGUUCAGAUGGUUUUAUUUUGCCCUCUCACACCGGUAGUUCCAACAAAGCAACUGCUUAUAUCUUUGUUUUCCGAAAAUCAGAGUCCUCUUUUCAAUUUUGGAAAAUAAUGUAGCAAAAAUAACAGAUGAUCGUGUUUUCCUUGAAGCUGGAAUCUAGAAUCAUUAUAUCAGCUGUUCAGUCGAAAACGGUGAUUUUGUUAGCUAAUACAUCAACUUUUUUUGCCACUUAAGAUAAGCAACGUGGAGUAACACCCAUUGCAACCCUGCAGAUUUUUGUUGACGAGUUUAUUAACAUAAGCAAAAAAGAGAGAGAUUAUUGGAAAUCAAGAAAAUCCAGCUACCUUACAGCAAGGCUACAAAGAUUACAUCUAUGUGAAUCUCAGUGGGUUUUGUUUUCUCUAAAUAAUUCAUCUUUUCGGUAAAUAGAUUGAUUUUCUUGAAUAGAACAGUUCAAUGAAGAGAAGUAAUUCCAUAAACCGUGUUGCUUUCAUGCUGUUAGUUUUUGUAAACACUGUUAAUGUUGUGCACCUAAUCUUUGUACCUUACAAUGUACAUGUAUAUGGAGUUGCAAGUUUCUUAUAAGCUUGCUGAUAUGAAGGGACUGGAGGACCUGUUGCUAGAAAGGAGUUUUACUCCUUUUCUUGGUACAUGUAGCUGCGUAGUAUUUUGCUCUUAUAUCAAACCAUUGAUGAAUGUCUAAUGGGCUUGCUGUAUUUGCAACUUCCCUCAGGCGUGGCCAUUUUCUCAGGCCUCGCAUUGUACUGAUCAUGUACUUUAGAAGAAAAUGUGAGGGAAUUUUUGUGGUAGUGCCCCUAAAUUUACAGUUGUAUGUGUUAAUUUCACCUAUUUGACCAGCUGAUGCAGAAAUAAAAGCACUGGAGACUAAAAGAUUAAAAAACUGAACAAACAAUUGUCAUGAAAGAUAUUGUUCAUCUUGGAUAAUGUGUAUAAAGGGUUUCGUUUAUCAUUUGUCGCGGUUAGGUUUAUUGACUGAGACCCUCACUGGUACUCUCUUAGAGUUAACGAGGCUAUUCACACAAGACUUGACCCUAUCAACAGGGACAGUGGAAUUGAGAUUCCUGAAGCGUGGAUGCCUACGAUCAGACAAAAUAGUAGCCAAUCGCUACCACAACAGACCGCUGAGGGAACAGUUCCCUCCUCUAAUAAUGCCAACAAUGCCUUGGAUUGAAACCCACCAACCAUGAGCGAGGUUCAUGAUACACCAAUCACUAACAAUCAUGGUGGUAUAAAUAAAUAAUGCAAAGCCGAAAACACAACUGUCUCACAUGUAUGUCGAGUCUUAUGUCGAUUUUUCUAUUCUUGCCAGAAUUGCCUGAAUUUCGUUUAUGACCUUUGAUGCAGUAGAAAAACAUUGCCCUGUAUUUUUGUUGGCCAUUUUCCCCUAAUUUUUGUAGAAAUAACGUAUGCAAACCUCAUGUCGGCCUUCUUUUACUCAGUAAAUCGAUACUAUUGUCUGAUGAAGAGGUGCAGUACAUGGUUAAAACAUCGCGAUCUAUAUCUUUGUGACAAUUGUGUGACAAAUGAUAAACAAAACCCUCUAUAAAAUAAUUGUCCCUGCAAUGAUGUCAUCCAGAAGGCGUCCUUGUAGCUUGCACAUAUUUGAAGAAGUACUUAUGGUUAAAAUACGACAGUCAAACCUUUCAUAAGAAACCACCAAAAAUGCAAAGUUACUGGUCGCUUGUUAGCUUAUGAGAAUGGAACCCCAAGGGAUCUCUUCCCUGAAGAGGACCGUGAUUUUCACUGGGAAGAUUUUGGUGUUUUGGAUAGGUGUUUGCUUGUGGAAGGUGGUUUCUUACGAAGUAGGUAAUGACAACUUAAAAGAGCUUGCAAAAAAAGUCAAAGCUGAUAGCCUGGAACUAGUGGAAGUCCUUUACCAUUGGGCUAGUUAGUUCUGUUCUUAUCUUGUUUGAUGGGAAAGUGAAGUUGUUUGGGGGAAUUCCCCAUUAGAAUUACAUUUAGAGAAAAUGUUUAAAUUCCUAAAAAGGCACUCAUGUGGAUUGAAAGCUGUUUUCAUGCUUAUUUGAUGAAGUGGAAUUGUGACAUUAUUUUAUUUUAUUAUUUUUAUAACAAUGAAUAAAGCAAGUAAUGAAUGAACUAAUGGUAAAAUUGAUUAAUGGAUAGUAAUAAAUUGAUGCUGUUAACUGUGCUGGGCAGGGGAUUAUCUUGAUUGUCGUUUAAGUUUGCACAGAGAUUGGUCUGGAGAAUUUGUAUGUGGAUACUUUGGGGCGUGAAGGGUUAAAGUGAACUGGUACAGUGUGACAAUGUAAAAUGUGCAUGAGAAAUUUAAAAAAAAAGAUUACCACUUCUAAUCAAAUCUUCUGCUAUAGGUUUCAAAAUCAAAGCUGCUUUAAUCAACCUACAUGUACAUGUAAAUCAGUGUAUGGAAUCUUCCAUUCCCUGCAUCUAUCUCACCUACUGUAUAGAAAAGAUGUCAAAAAUCUUCAUAAUGAAUAGGUACAUGUUUUUAAUAUUUUAAAGAUCCAGCUAAGCACAUGGCAAGGAUGCUUGAUCACAGCUUCAACACGUAUUCUUUAUCUAUAAAACACUGGCAAAAACUUUGAUACCAUACAGCAGUUUCAUUAAUGAUUGUUCAGUCCAACAUUCAGUAAUAAUAUUUUAAAAAUAUAUAAACACUUGAGCUCUUCACAGAGGGCGCAGCUACAGCUGGGGUACAUAGAACAGUUAUUUUCUGGCUAGUCCACAAGUGUUGUUGUUACCCUAUAUGUACUAGGUGAAUACACUCUUUUUUAUAUUAAGAAUGUUGUUUUUUCAUGCCAGGCUGAAUAUUCUCAUUUUCUGCCGAUUUUAGCCUGAAAAUAUUCUUGUAUUAUUGUUGAAUCAUAAUUGAAAAAGAAAGAAUUUAUCAUAGACUUUUUGCGGUUUGUUCAUUUUUUUUUAUUUGUACACUAUAAGAUUAUGUAUCUCACGUACCGUUCAUCGAACUGUCAUUAGCACUGAACAUUUGGCUAUAACUAAUUCAGGUUUGUUCAUUUUGUUGGGUAGUUUUGCUGUGAGAGGAAGCAAUAAUUUGAUAUGGUUACCUUAAAAACAUAUUUUUCAUAUUUCUCAAUAUUCAUCCUUUUCGAACUCUCAGCCUCGGCUUUAUUCUUAACAUAUUCUUAACAUUUUGCAAAUUUCAGCCUCGAUUUUCUUAUAAAAUGGAUUCUUAAAGAAAAAAAGAGUGCAAUUCAAAAUUGAAAAAUCCUUUGGCAUAUAAAAACACCCUUUUGUAGAUACAUGUUAUCUUACAUUUGAAAUGGUGGCAUUUAUACAGGAAGUGACAAAGUGGGCAUUUCAUCUAACAGUGGGUACAGUGUACCAGUAGAAUAUAUGGGAAAUCAAAUAGAGUCUAGAAUUAAAGGGGCUAUGUCAGCUGGAGAGCAUGCGCUCUGAGGUUAUGCAAAUUACUUUCAACUGUCAAAAUUCUAUUGUUUUUAACGCAUGACUUUCUUCAUGUUCUCUGUCACGUCCAAGGUUCCGAAUUUAGAGAGGUUUAGCGAAAUGGGUUUAGAUAAGGGAUAUUUCGAUAGAAUUUAUGGAACGUUUCUUCUCUGGUUAUGCUAGAUCAAGAAUAAAAUUGUGACGACAAUUUUACUUUUAGUUUUUAAGUAAAAACGCAUACCAUUCAUUAGCCUGCGUGGCAGGCGUUCGAAAAGGAAGGGGAAGGGAAUUAGAGCGCGAGACCACGCGCGAGGGAGGAGGGAGGAGGGGAACGCCUGCAAGGAAGCCAUUGUUUUUGCCAUCCCGCCUACUAAUUAAAAAAAUAACAAAAAUAACGCAACUGUGAAUAACUAGCUGUCAAAUAAGUCUGGCCGCGAUGCACGUAUUCUAGUCGUAUUUCUCGCACUGUUUUUCUUUUGUUUUCCUAAAGCAAUCUAAAGUAAAGGUACUAUAAAAAAAGUCCAAAUGCGGUCGUCCUUCAAAGGGAUCUUACUUGAAAGUUGCAACGACGCGUGCCGAGUUACAUAAAAUCUCCAGCAUAAAUCUAUUCAAGUUGUUGCUGAAGGAUUCGGGUUGGAAAAUUAUUUCAUAAGAAAUGUAGCGUCUCUUUGCAACUUUCAAUGCAAUGUUUGUCUAAGAAAAAUUAAAACACUUUGCCGUCACGCACUCUUUGAAUUUCUAUCAGGACGAAUUGGAUCCAGUGGAGCACACAAAAGAACGCUGGUGGCGGGAAAGAAGAGCUGAAUCAAGAUCUGCAAGAACGCAACAAUUCAUUAUUAAAGUAAGUUCCUGGCGGUUUUAUAACCUGCAAGAAGAAGUCCUCGACCAAAAAUCGCCAAAAGUUAUAGAUCGUUUCGUCUUCAAUUAUCUUGCCGUUGAUAACGCGGGUCAAACAGCAGAUAACAAGCACACAGGCAGCAUGAUUUUUCCUUUCUUUCUUCUGGCGAGUAAAACCGACAAGCCGUUGGGAGAUAAUGCUUUUCAGAACCAGCCAAUAAAACUCAUCUGCUGACAGGCCUUUUCCUUCAUACGCUUCUUUGACUGUUUUUUUUUUUCUAUUCUCCUUUGAAGCUGAAAUUGAUGCCUUCUAACGAUGAAUUCCCGUAGAGAAAUCUCAACACGCUUCACUAACGACACAUGUUUAGUUGUGAAUGGCAACACUCAAGUUACUGAAUGACAUGUAGAUGACCAAUUAGAACACGCUAUUCAGAUCUUAUCAAAUUUUGACCAAUCAGGAUUUUAACAUUCGCCUGGUAGAUGUUAAAAACGCGAAAAACAAUGGUUUCCUGGCAGGCGUUUCCCUCCCUCCUUCCUCGCGCGCCCCUCGCGUUUCUCUCGCGCCUAAAACUCCCUUUCCAAAAACUGCCUUUCCCUUCCCUUUUAAAAGCCUGCCACGCAGGCUAACCAUUCAUAAAAUAGAGCGCAAACAAAAAUUCAACAAUAACAUAUUGUCUUAUUCAACAAAAUAAAUGGAAGUUGUAUUUUACAAACGAGCUACAAAAGACGCUAGACCAAAGAUAAAGACCAAGACUGUUUCAAAUCAUUAACAAUUAGACUUGUCUGUCGCUAUUGAUUUUAUAAUUUAGAUGCUGAUAGAACAAGAGACCAAGUCUUUGUUUUGAUCUUAGGGAAACAUACAUUAUCGUGCAAAAUUGUUCGAUUGUGCCGAAUCACUGCGACGUCGAGAAAAACAGAACCCAGCAUCAUUGGUAUACUACUCCACUAUAAGCAGUCCGUUGAUAAAAAGGGAAAGCAAACUCUGCUAUUUUCCAAAAUUAUGCUCCAACACAAACAGUUCAAAAACAUGGCAUUUACAGUAUCUAACUCGUUCUAAGGUGCCUCUCUAAGUCCGUUGAGAACAAUCUGGACGAGCAAACGGUCGUGUUUAUCUUUGCUGUGAAUCGAGAUAAAUACAAGAAGGAAUCUAGCCGAAUUUUAGAAUGUUUCCUUCGCCAGGAGUUUAGUUUCGUCACGAAACUCAUGGCCUGAUGCUCUUGUAAUCGUUUACAAAAAACGGCCGCCGCCAACUCGAUAGCCGCUUCAUUAUAUGUCCACAUACUUUGAGCACAAGAAAAAUCCAAGAGCCAGCAGCCUCUAAAAUAACUCAAUAGAAAGGUCCUGUGAACUAUAGGGAAGAUUCCAUCAAAGAUUCCAUCACUCAUUGUGGAGUAGCCAUCAUUAACUCUGCCAUUACAACGGCCGCUGAUAAGAGGACACAGUAAAUCCACGUAAAAACAUUCCGCAGGCAAACAAUUUUAAAAUAACGCCAAGAAAUUGUUCUGUAAUCACCAUAGAAUGAUUCUUAAUACAAAACUUCGCUAACUAUCGAACGAUGGCUGAGAUUUAGACAGAUAAAAACAGCCUUCCAAAAUCUCCGACACAACUUGAAAAAGUUGGGCUGUCUUUUUCAAGUUUGUUUUCAUUGCCUCGCGCAUGCGUGUUGGGUGACAUAGCCCCUUUAAUGGUGAGAUCUCUGUAUAUGUAAAGAAGUUUUUUAUAAUCUUUCUGAAAUGAGUUAUAAGACGAAAUGAAAACAAAUUACAGUACUAUGUAUUUUGAUAUGUUACAUGUAGACAUCUACAUGUAAAGUUAGGCAGUAUCAAGAGAAGUUUUCAAGGUUUUUUAUUUAAGCUACAUGUAUAUUAUAAAAGUAGAAAGCACAGCUGCUUAUGACUGUACUGGCAUGUGUGUUGCAUUAUUCGCCCCUUAAUUUUCCUGCCAGUUCUGCUACACUUGCUUGUUUUGUUUGUUUAGAAAAGGGGUAGCAUACAUGUAAAGUUGAAAGAUCUAGCAAGAUUUCCUUGCAAUUUUGUCCUGCCCAUUGGCAAACUGUUGUUUUGUUGUUUUCAUUGCUAAUAUCUGAGUGUGUGAUAAAGUGAUGUCGGAUUUUUAAGAAAUACUGCAUCCAGUUCUUUGUCGGCCUUGAAGCUGUCAAGUACAAAAUUUCUUGCUUUAUGACAAUCUGACUUUUGCAAAGUACCUGUAUAUUUUGGAUCCUGUCAAUUGAUUUUUUUUGUAUUUGCACACUCUAUUGUGUCUUUCCAUUGCCUCUGGAGGAAAACAAAUUGUACAGCUGUACAUCCUCUCUUGCCUGCUGCUAAAAAAUUGUUUUUGAUGUAUCUUAUUGGGUUUACCCAGUGUAAGAACCUGUGAACUUUUUCUUUGUUUCGCACACAUUUGUUUUCUGAGGUUCUACUGUGUUGACUUCUUUGUUAUCUUUGUUUUACUCCACUCGUGAGUUUUACAGGUUCUUACACAAAGGGUGAGCCAUCUUAUUCUGUGCUGUCUUUUCCUUGCCACCUUUUCAGCAAUGAUAAAUAUCAAACUCAAUGAAAUACAUGUAGGUCAUUUUCAUGUUUCAAAAGUUCUCACUUUCAAAACUUAGUGUAAAACUUUUCUUGUGAAAAAUUGUGAGAUUUAUUUACUUGAGAAUGAAAAAAUAAUUUUCAUGUCAAUGGCAUUGCACUUAGGGCGCUUUCCAUUUGUCAGAACUGACCGGCCAGACUAUUCCUGCUCAGCCGUGAUGAGAAAUUCACUUUUAAUCAGAACUAUUCAGUUAGAUCAGUUAAAUUUUACAUUGUAGGCACGAAGGAGAGGCUUUUUCAACAAAAACGUUUUGAAAAAGCAUUUUUAAUUGUCAAAAUGACGUGUCUGGCUAUUGGAGGUGCCCUUAGUCUCGCCUUGAAACAGAGGCUUUAAGCCUCUAUAUGUGCAUACAAAUUCUUUCAUGUGAUCUUCAUAUAUUUCCUUGUAGAAUUAAUUGAGAGAAUUUGAUUUGACAUUUCCUCUGUUUUGAUAAGUUACUAAUUCUCAUUUUCUCUCCUCCAGAUUGUGUAUUGAUUUUGUUAAGAGAAAAUUGAUGUUGGUCAGACUUGGGGUAACUGUAAGAAUCUAUUUUUCUUUUUCCUUUCAGGAGAAAAGCAAGUUGAAUCCAAAUGCCAAGGUUUUUGUGCCAAAAGCAAGAACAUCAUAGCCGUUCAGUCACAUGCCAGCCUGUUGUG